AAGUCCCUGUGAUUGUGGUUCGAUUUCGCUGGGGGAAAUUUUGAAGGGGUCAAUCACCACCUGGGCAUAUUUCGGCAGUCGAACCAUUGGACGGAGUUGCUUCUAAACGACGUACGGCAGGUCCUCAUAACUACGACUUGGUUCCUUCUCUCUCUCCUUACAUUCUCUUGUCACAUCACAGCUUGUCGCGAUUUCAACACCGCCUUAAUCCAGAUCGUUUCAGCAAAACAACAUGGGUGUUACCAAGGACCAGAUCACGCUCGAGAAGCAGGACAAGGUUCGCGAUGCAGCUUUCAAAGAUGCUCUGCACGGAAAGACUGCACAAAGCGGUGUAGGUCUUUUCGCUGCCAUGGGUAAAGACCAUGCCGCUCAAAAGCUUGCCGUCGACGAGUACUUCAAGCACUUUGACAACAAGGGACACGAGGAGGAGACUGAGGAGACCCGCAAGGCUCGCCGUGACGAGUACGCUACCAUGACCAGGCACUACUACAACCUUGCCACAGACCUCUACGAGUACGGCUGGGGCUCAAGUUUCCACUUCUGCCGUUUCAGCAAGGGCGAGGCCUUCCGACAAGCUAUCGCUCGUCACGAGCACUACCUGGCCCUGAAGAUGAACCUUCAGGAGAACGCAAAGGUGUUGGACGUUGGCUGUGGUGUCGGUGGACCCGCACGGGAGAUUGUCAAGUUCUCGGGAGCCAACGUUGUCGGAUUGAACAACAACGACUACCAGAUCGAGCGCGCAACCCGAUACGCCAAGCAGGAGGGACUGUCGCACAAGCUUUCCUUCGUCAAGAGCGAUUUCAUGCAGAUGAGCUUCGAGGACAACUCGUUCGAUGCUGUCUAUGCUAUUGAGGCCACUGUUCACGCGCCGUCGCUCGAGGGUAUCUAUACUGAAAUCUUCCGCGUCCUCAAGCCCGGUGGUGUUUUCGGUGUCUACGAGUGGCUCAUGACUGACGCCUACGACAACGACAACAUGCGCCACCGCGAGAUCCGCCUCGGAAUUGAGGAGGGUGACGGUAUCUCAAACAUGGAGAAGAUCGAGGUCGCCCUGGCUGCCAUGAAGGCGGCUGGUUUCGAGCUCGAGGUCAACGAAGAUCUCGCUGACCGACCUGACGAGCUCCCCUGGUACUACCCGCUCGCCGGUGAACUGAAGCACAUGCAGACCAUCUGGGAUCUGCCCACACUAUUCCGCAUGACUCACUUCGGCCGUGGCUUCAUGCACCGAUUCGUCGGCGCUCUGGAGGUGAUCGGACUUGCGCCCAAGGGUACUCAGAAGACUGCGGACUCACUGGCCAAGGCUGCCGACUGCCUCGUUGCUGGUGGCCGGGACAAGCUGUUCACACCAAUGUACCUCAUGGUCGGACGGAAACCAAAGGCAUGAAGCGGCGUUGAGUAAUGCGGGCAUGGAUGGGGUAUCUUCUUUCUUCCAAAUUUCUUCUCAUGCUGUAUAUUUACAGUUUUGGCCUUUUUGAGACGGGUGUCGAAAAAGCCGGUACAGGUAUUCCUACAUUUUCCGAUAUUUCAAUGUUAUACAAUAAUGCACAAAGAUAGACUUGUCCUUCAAAGUCCAAAUUCCCACAUGUGUA